ACCGUUAAAAUGAUUGAAGAAUCUAAUUUGAGUGUCCUGUCUGUUAGUCUGUGAUAUGAGCACCGAAGACGAUGAACGCAGUGGACGUCCAAAAGAGGCUGUUACCGAUGAAAACGUGAAAAAAUCCACAAAAUGAUUUUCAAUGACCGUAAAGUGAAGUUAAUCGAGAUAGCUGACACCCUAAAGAUAUCAAAGGAACGUGUUGGACAUAUUAUUCACGAAUAUUUGGAUAUGAGAAAGCUUUGUGCAAAAUGGGUGCCGCGUGAGCUCACAAUCGAUCAAAAACAACAACGAAAAACCAUGCUGAAAUUGAACGAAUUGGGCUUCGAAUUGCUCUCUCAUCCACCGUAUUCUCCAGAUUUGGACCCCAGUGACUUUUUCCUGUUCGUAGACCUCAAGAGAAUGCUCGCUGGUAAAAAAUUCAGAAGCAAUGAAGAGGUAAUCGCUGAAACUGUGGCCUAUUUUGAGGCAAAGGACAAAUCGUACUACAAAAAUGGUAUCGAAAAGUUGGAAGAUCGCAAUAAUCGCUGUAUCGCCUCUGAUGGCAAUUAUGUUGAAUAAUAAAAACGAAUUUUGGCAAAAAAAACGAUACGAACUUUUCAGCCGAACUGUUAAAAUAAAUUGUAUUUGGUACAACAUUAUCUUGAGACAUCGAGUACACAAUGCGAGUUUCUAAAAUUAAAUCUUCUUCUUCUUCUUCUUCACUUCGGGGUUGUGUCACCUCACUUGAGAUGACACCGAUUGAUGGCACAGCAACUUAGGCUAUACCACCAGUUAAUUUUCGUUUAUAGUCCAAUGGACGUUCUUUUCACUGGACUAAAAACCUCGCUGUGUGACAACGUGGAGUCGCCAAAGUUCGGAUGAAAAUCCUUUCUUUCUCGCGAAAUACUAAAAUUUUCACCGCACUAACACGAUACAACGCGUUCAUUCGUUGAAGGUUUCACCGAGAGUGAAAUUAAAUCUACUGUUCAGCCCUAGUUCAGCCUAACGUUACUGUCAAACAUCUAUAUGACAAUCAUAAUUGAUAGGCUGAUGCUACUAUCUUCUGUAACAAUGUAUAGUAAAACCAAACAAAAAUAUUCAUUCUUGCGAAGCUGUUGUCAUAGAUAUAUGUUAUCAGCCAGCGUUCAAUAACAGUGAAAAAACCAAUGCAGUAUAGAAUAGGAUGGCGUCGCUGAAACAAUUAACUAGCAUGUGCAUUGUGAUAUUUUUGGUUAUGCUAGAAGUGAACCGCAGUGAACAAACGCUUCCAUUGGUCAUCAACACCUGGGCUUUUACGAAUGCAACUCUACGAGCUCAUCAAUCAUUAACGGUGGGAGAAUUCAGUGCACUGGAUGCUCUAGUUGAAGGAUGUAGCGUUUGUGAACGUGAGCAGUGCGAUGGUACGGUCGGUUAUGGUGGAAGUCCAGACGAAAAUGGAGAGACCACGUUGGAUGCCAUGGUUAUGGAUGGUACGACGAUGAACGUUGGUGCGGUGGCUGCUCUAAGAGAAGUGAAACAUGCCAUUGCUGUAGCAAGGCAUGUAUUGGAAAACACGAAACACACACUUUUGGUGGGAAACCAGGCAACCGAGUUCGCUGUUAUGAUGGGUUUUCACAGGGAGACACUGCAGACAGAUCAAUCGAAAAACAUGUGGCUAGAGUGGAAGAACAAUCACUGCCAGCCUAACUUUUGGGAGAAUGUUAUACCGUCACCGUCCAUGUCCUGUGGUCCGUACGAACCGAUUUCGGCUAAUUUGAUCUCCAAUCAAUUCAAAUCGGUUUUGUCGAACCAAUUAGACCAUCAGCAAUCAGAAGAGUCACAGUUUGGCCGUUAUAAUCACGAUACCAUAGGCAUGAUAGUAAUCGAUACUGACGGUCACGUUGUCGCCGGGACAUCAACAAACGGUGCCCGUAACAAAAUACCGGGCCGUGUCGGUGAUUCACCCAUUCCAGGAGCAGGAGCUUAUGCCGAUUCCUUGGUCGGCGCUGCGGCGGCCACGGGCGAUGGCGACGUGAUGAUGCGAUUCAUGCCAUCUUUGCUGGCAGUUGAAGGACUGAGACAGGGACUGACUCCACAGUCUGCAGGAGAAGCUGCUUUGCAACGUAUUGUAAAGUACUAUCCUAGCUUUGUCGGAGGUAUUGUAGUCGCAACAGCGCAAGGUGAGUACGGGGCAGCAUGUCAUGGUAUAACGGAGUUCCCUUAUUCAGUAGCCGAAGGUCAGGAGACUGAUGUAGUGAUAAAAAAAGUAUCAUGUAUGGAUAGAGAAUGGGUUAGAGUUCAAUAAAAUUUUAAGUAACUCAUUGAGAAA